GUGCUUCAUUCCUCAGUUUUCUCUGUGGACGACUUGGAUGUAGUUCGAAGACAUGAAUUUGUACAGGAGUUUUGGGAAUCUUAUGGAAGUCUGGGUGACAGAGGGAGCACCGGAGCCGGACUGGUUGGAGCGUAAUGAGGAAGACCCCCCUUCGCCUUCAUCAGAUGUGGAUACUAAUGUUCGCUCUGAAUCUGUGGACUCAGGAGUGGAGACUGCCAGCUCGGACAUCUCAUUCCCAACCACAUCUGUGUCUGUGGAUUUGGAUACUUUCACCCCUUUGGCAUCCCAGUCUCCUGUCCUAUCAUUCCCGGCGCCUUUAUCGUCCACCUCUUCCUCACCGUACCUAAUGCCCAACAGAUCUAAAGUGGAACAGGCUCUGUUGAGAGUUGAGUCGUUUAGAGAAAAAAGACAAGAGGCUCCAGUGGAUGAUGUGGUCAGGAGGAGGCCCCUGUCAUCUUUGCUGCCCAAGAGACACACAUCUGAUCUGGCAAGGGGUCAGAGGCCAGGUAGCAUUGUGCUCAGAAAAGCGUCUAGUUCGUCCCCAUUGGUCAGACAGAUGUCGGAAGCACAGAGGAGACCGCAGUCAGCUAUUUAUGACAGGGAAACAUUUGACUACAUACCAAAGGUCCUAACAGAGAAGUCUGAGCUGAGUCCAGGCCUGCAGUAUCUGGAGCAGGUUUGUCAAAUGCUGGAGGAAUACGCCCGAGAGCAACUGCAUCACAACACACAGCACACCGAAGCUAUAGAGGAGGAACAAGUUGCAGGGACGUGUGACUUUGAGACUGUCGAAAAGGAAGAGCCCUUGUGUCGCAAUUUGGAGAAAACACAAGUGGAACCCUCGUCCAGUGAGCCUCAACAGAAAAGAGAGAGACCCUUUGGCCACUUCAGGCAAAGAUCAGCCUCGGACACAAACUUAGCAUCCCUGCAUUUACGACGAUUAAAGGUUGACUAUGAAGAGUACAAGUUAAGCGCUCAUGACCUACAGGAGACAGCUGCUGAGGAGGAACAGGAGAAUCAGGACUGUCUGAAAGAUGAUCUGAACAAGUCUAAAAACUACUGGAGAUUCAAGUUUGGUUCCAUGAGAAAGGUGGAUGAGAAAAAGAGCCCACAGAUGCUGCCGAGCGCCACUCGGAGGAGGCUGAGUCACUUGUUCAGGAGAAGAAGGAAAACGGGACCUAUUUAAAUGGACUGUUUGUCUUGUGUCUUGCUAGUAAUGACACACACAUACACGCACACACACACACACACACACACAUAUAUAUAUAUAUAUAUAUUUUUUUUUAUUUAUUUAUUAUGCGCUGUACAGAUUCUUAUUUAUCCUCCACAUUUCCUAUGGAAGUGUAUGUAUUACUGAAAUAUUGUCAAAUAUACAUUUGACUGUCUCUAAAUCUACAUAAUUCUUUUAUAUGGCUCUGGCAGCAUUGGGAGAUAUUGAAAAUUUAGGAUUUAAAUUUACAGGAUUUAGAAAAGCAGUCUUUGGAAGAUUGGCUAUUGUUCCUUUUAUUUAUAAACCAAUUAUCCAUAGUGUUUUUUAUAAUUACUGGUAAAUUCGUGUCAAAAUGGUGUGAUUAAUAUUGAUACUUUUGGUUAUUGAACAGUGGACAACAUAGUCAAAACUGUCUCGUGAAUAUUUUGCUAAACAAAAAAUAAUAAAACAAUGUCACUUUCUCUACAUAAUUAAUGUUUCUUCUUUGAUCAUUAAUGAAAAAAUGUAUGUGUGUGUGUGUAUAUAUAUAUAUAUAUAUAUAUAUAUAUAAAUAUAUAUAUAUAAUUGAAAUGAACAGUUGUAUCUUUGCAACAGACACAACUGUGUUCCACUCAGAUCUGUAAUUUUUCUACUAAUCUAUCCUUUAAUAAAAUAUAAUCAAGUAAAUAGCAAGCAACUAUCACAGUUAAAGCAUGACAAAAUCCAUCCAAUGCGGAGCAAAAAAAGACGGUGCCAUGGCAACAGGGUCAAUAUUUUGGUUUUAGCUCAUCUCACAUUGAAAGGAGGGGACUGUAUGACAUCCUUAGCAAAA